AUGGAUAGCCUAAACGAAAUUAAUGAAGAAAUCAAACAAACAUUAGAAAACAAGCAACUCAUGGGCGUAAUUAACUUAGAUAUAGCCAAAGCUUAUGACACAACUUGGAGACAUAAUAUUAUAAUUAAAUUAAACUCAAUAUUAUGCCAAGGUAGACUGCUUAACAUUAUAACCAAUUUUACUGCAAACCGAAAAUUCCAAGUAAAAGCCAAUAAUCAUUUAUCUCGGAAAUUCACGCAAGAAAAUGGAGUACCUCAUGGUUCAGCUCUUUCAGUAACACUUUUCUUUAUUGCAAUUAAUGACAUCACCCUGAACUGUAACCCCCCGGUAAAAUGCAACUUAUUUGCCGACGACUUCAACUACUGGUGCAGGAGUUACAACGUCAAAACUGUUCAAAUUUUUUUAUAA